GAGCUGUAAUACAUACCUGAGAACACUAACGUUUCCAGGUUCCAGUAAACAGGGUUUCCUACACACAGUAAGUGCUGUCAGCAUGGCCGGCGUGCGGGUUGCAGUAGUCACAGGGGGCAAUAAGGGAGUAGGGCUGGCGGUGGUCAGGGCCAUGUGCAAGCAGUUCCAGGGGGACGUGUAUCUGACGGCCAGGAACUCCAAACUUGGAGAAGAAGCCAUCAAGGCCCUGAAUGGUGAGGGGUUGUCCCCGCUCUUCCAUCAGCUGGACAUCAAUGACCUGACCAGUAUCCGGGCUCUGCGGGAUUUCCUAAAGGAAAAGUAUGGCGGUCUGGAUGUGCUCAUCAAUAACGCCGGCAUUGCAUUUAAAGCUGCUGACACAACCCCAUUUGGAAUCCAAGCCGAAGUAAUUCUGAAAACCAACUUUUUUGGUACAAGGGAUGUCUGUAAUGAACUACUGCCGCUCCUUAGACCAAAUGGAAGAGUGGUAAACGUGUCCAGUAUCUUCAGCCAUACAUCCCUUCUAAAGUGCAGCCCCGAACUUCAGGAGAGAUUCCGCAGUGACACCAUCACAGAGGAUGAGCUGGUGAAGCUGAUGGAGAAGUUUGUGAAAGAUGCCAAGAACGGAGUCCAUGAAGAUAGGGGCUGGCCGAACUUUGCUUAUGGGGUGUCCAAAAUCGGGGUAACAGUGUUGUCCAGAAUUCAAGCACGACAACUAAAGGAGACCAGGAAAGGAGAGGGCAUAAUUCUCAAUGCCUGCUGCCCAGGGUGGGUGAGGACUGAUAUGGCGGGUCCUAAUGCCACCAAGUCCCCAGAUGAAGGUGCUGUGACCCCAGUAUAUUUGGCUCUUCUUCCAACUUCAGUGGAAUCACCAAAUGGGGAGCUGGUCAGUGAUAAGGAAAUUUUGACUUGGUAACCAUGAGAAAAGCACUGGUAUUAAAACUUAUUACAUUACAACCAUUUUUUUAAGAAUAA